AUGUCAGACACCGAAUCAGACUAUAGUCGUAGCCCAAGAGCGUUUGAUGGAGAAUCGGCAUCGGAGAGCUCGACCGCAGGGCUUGAUAGUGCCGAUUUCAAGAAGACCAAGGGAGGAGAAUUGCCGGAGGCCGAGGUCGAUGUGUCGGUUGCCGAUCCUAGGAAAGGCGUGCUGACGGUGGUCACCGGCCGACAAAGGAUACCGAUGGCGAAGCCAAAGGACCUUGUGUUCGGGGUGGACCACUUAGAGCCGAACGUCUUGAUCGAGGCGGAGGUGGCGAAAAUCCGGGCCUUGUACAACAUUCCGGAAUUGGUAAAGAUGCGGAUCCCAGGGCUGUUGGAAUCGCUGAGCAAUCCAAAGGGGGAGAUGGUCUUCUUCACGGAUGUCUUCAAGCAUGGGCUUAGGUUGCCGCUGAGACAUUCGGUACAGAAGAUCCUGGCAGCGAUCGGCUACGCCCCUGGGCAGUUUAAUCCAAAUUUUUGGAUUACACUAUUGGGGACGGUCACGGCCUUCGGCAUAGCUGGUGAGGGGGAGCCGAGCUAUGAGCAAUUCGCCCAUCUGUACAGUGUGACGAGGGCGAAGAGCGCCGAUCAAGGGGACGGGGUGCCGAUCUCGCAGAAGACCUGGCGUCAGCAUCGGGUGUUGGUGUCCGGAGCUUGGGAAUCGGCGCCAGGAGUGAUUGUGGAGAGACAUAUCCCCACUUCCUUCCAGAUAGUCAGUAGGCCCAUGGGGUGCCUGUCCUUGAAACGGCCGAUCGCUACGAAGAGGGAGAUAGAAGUGAUCGAGCGCGUUCGGUCAAGAAUAGCUGAGGAGGGUCGUGUGCACAAGGCUCUGCUAGACUACAAGAACAUGUUCAAAGCGGGUCUAAUCAACGAGCCUGGUACCUCCGAAGGAAGGAGGAAGAAGAGGAAGAGAGGCAAAGUAAUGGCAGGAGGGAGGGCAAUGUCCGAAGAGACGAGGAGGAGGCUCGAGUCACGGGCCCCUCAGAAGAAGAAAACCGGUUCCUUGAAGCCGAAGACGAAGCAGCCCCGCCAGGCUGAGGGUGCGUCAGCACAGGAAGGCACGCCGGGCGAUCGGCGGCAAGAGAGAAGGGUGGCGGAGGCCGAGCUGAUCCGGGAGGCCCAUCUCCAGGUUACCGAAAAAAGGGUGAUCGAGGGUGCCCUCGAUGUGACCCUUCUACCGAAGAGGCCAAGGGGGCCGAACGAGGAAGCAGCCUUCCUCGUGUCGGACGAGGAGGAUGCCGAGGCGGAGCCGGUGAACAUCGCCUGCCCCCAGAAGGUGGUACCGUUCGUGAACUGCUUCAUCGACGGUGCUAACAUGGAGAUGUCGCUCGGCGUGAAGCGGGCUAUCAACGCGGCCGAGCGAGUCCAGAAGAAGUACGAGGAGGGCCGAGCCAAAAUUGCCGAGGCUGGGAAGCUACUCCAGGAUGCGGAUCGGCAUGCGGAGGAGAACGCUGCCAAGAUAACUGAGCUAUCCUCCAGGUUGGCGGAGGCCGAAAGGGCGGCAGUGGAUGCCGAAGAGGCGAGGGCGAGGGCAGAGGCGGCGAAGGAGGCCGAGCUUCAGUCUCGGGCGACGGAGUUGGAGGAGGCCAAGAAACAGGCAAUAGUUGAGUACCGAAACUCGCCGGAGUUCGUGGAAUUGCUGGACAAAGAGGUGAUGGAGCAAUGCGAGGAUCUCAUCUACCGGUUCAAGCGCUUCAAUGCCGAUAAAAAACUGAACCUGAACUUCGUCCGGGAUCCGCCGCCGUUACCCGAUAGGGUAACCGAGGAGAUGGUCGAGGCGUACCUCGGGGAGGAUGCCGAAGUCGAUUCCUCGAGCGGCUCAGAAUCAGACAGUGAGGAGGAAGAAUCGACUCCCCCUGCGGAGCCGUUGAGUGCCUGA